AUGGCCGAAUUAUACGUGAGUGGGCAGAUCGAAUCCGCUGAUGGCUUUGGCGACAAUAGAAUUUGCUGUCGGUGGUCGUUACAAACAGGUGGUGGUUGGCGGGUCGUAGAAGGCGCUGUCGAAGGCCAAACUCAAACAGAUCUGCCUUCCGUUUUCGAGGAAGCCUACUUUGCCCAUCCAAUUGAACUUCAUCUUGCCACUAAGACAAUACAAGGUUGGCCUCGCAUACAGUUGCAGGUUUGGCAUCAUGACAUCUAUGGUAGGCAAGAAUUAAUCGGUUAUGGUUCAUUAUUUCUACCAAGCAGCCCCGGUGAGCAUGAGUUGAUUUGUAAUAUUUGGCGACCGAAAGGCACAGCAAGAGAAGAAAUGAUGCAACGAUUUAUUGGUGGUGGCAUACAGGUGGGUGAAAUAGUAGUAAUUGGUGCAUCGAGUACUUAUGUAUUUAUCUGCAAUAUGUGCUGUAGUGGUUGA